AUGGUUUCCAGGCAGUGCGUGGCUUUGUUUCUCUGCUUUCUGCUACUGAUUCCUCUUUCUCUGGAUGCAGUCUUUCUAAAGCGGGAAGAGGCAAACAGCAUUUUGCAAAGACAAAGACGAGCCAACAGCUUCUUUGAAGAGAUAAAACUGGGGUCACUAGAGCGAGAAUGCAUGGAAGAAAAAUGUUCUUUUGAGGAAGCAAGAGAGAUUUACCACGAUGAUGAAAGAACAAAAGAGUUCUGGCACAUCUAUUCCGACCCUAACCAGUGUGACUCCAACCCCUGUCAGAACGGCGGGAGUUGUGAUGACCAGUUUCAGGAUUACGUUUGCCGCUGUCCUGUUGAAUAUGAGGGCAAAAGCUGUGAGAAAGCCACAGCUAACAAACUGAAAUGCAUUUAUGACAAUGGUGGCUGUGAACAGUACUGCACUGAUGAGCGGUCUGAGAAACGAGUGUGCUUCUGUGCUGAUGAUUAUACCAUAGCGAGUGAUGGUGUGUCCUGCAUUCCCCAAGUGAAAUACCCAUGUGGAAAAAUACCAGUGCUGGCAAAAAAAAAUGCAACUGCACGAGGGAGAAUAGUAGGUGGUUCAACCUGUCCUCCAGGUGAAUGUCCAUGGCAAGCCCUGCUAAUACAAAAUCAGAAAGAGAAGUGUGGUGGUACCCUGCUUUCCCCAGAGUGGGUGGUCACUGCAGCUCACUGUUUGGAGUACACUCAUCCUAAACAGCUUCGGGUAAGACUGGGUGAAUACUCAACAAAGGUCGAUGAGAAAACUGAGCAAGAAAGUGGAGUUGCCAGGAUAAUCAGUCAUGAAGGAUACACGAAUGGACAAAUCAAUAAUGAUAUUGCUCUCCUACGCCUGGAAACACCUGUAAAUCUCACUGACUAUGUGGUGCCAAUAUGUUUGCCUGAAAAAUGGUUUGCGGUGUAUGAACUGUCCUCCAUCAAGUUCUCCACAGUGAGUGGAUGGGGACGCCUACUAGAUGGUGGUGCCACCUCGUCUGUUUUGAUGAGAGUUGAUUUGCCACGUGUAAAGACACAAGAAUGUGAAAAGGAGACCAAUUUAAAUAUUACAGAGAAUAUGUUCUGUGCAGGAGACCUGACCGGUGCUAAAGACUCCUGCAAGGGAGACAGUGGUGGACCUCACGCUACAAAGUACAAGGAUACUUGGUUUCUGACCGGAAUUGUUAGCUGGGGAAAGGGCUGUGCUGUUGAAGGCAGCUAUGGGGUUUACACAAGAGUAUCCAGAUACAUCGACUGGUUAAAGAAGCACAUGGAUUAA